CCUGCUCAAAUGCAUUGCACCCAUGUUGAGGUUUUACUUAUACAGAUAGGACCCAACUGCUAGGGUUUAUUCAAUAAAUGUCUAUAUGGUCAUAUGAAGCUAGGACCCAACUGCUAGGGUUUAAGCUCCUCAGCCUUCUCUUCUAGACCCCAAACUAAUUUGUCUCUUCGCCCACCACUGCAAACCGGGCUUCCAUGGCUCCUCAGCAUCUCGCUCUGUUCCCUAUACCACAAUACUAUCAAGUAAGAUCUGUCUGCUCUCUUCUUCACUCCUCAUUUCUUCAAAUACGCCUCCUCAUUUAACUCCUACUCCCUAUAUUUUCUUCCAUGUGCUUCAAUUCCCAUGUGGGUUUCUUCAACAAGGUGGGUUUCUUGUAGAAAAUUUAUCACCCACGUUCAAUUAACCCGAUUUAAUUCUGUUUGGGGUCUUGCCCAUUUGAGCCCUGCCGCGCAAUACCCAAUUGCUGAAGAACAAGCUGUUUAUACCUAUAGCAAGGACUCUGUUGGUGAUCGUUUUAUUGAUUUAAAUACAAGUAGAGUUGUUGAAAUCUUUUAUAAUUUGAAAAACGAGCCUAAUCUCGCAUGGUCGUUUUUUACCCAAUUGAAAGAAAGCGGUUUUCAGCACAAUGUUGAUACGUAUGCGGCUUUAAUCAGAGUACUGUGUCGUUGGCGCUUGGAAAGGAAGUUGCAGUCUUUGUUAUCGGAGAUUGUUGGGUCAAAAGAGAGUGUAUUGGGUUUUGAUAUUACAGCUUUGUUUGAUGUUCUGAGGGAGGGAGGGGGGGAAGUUGAGGGUGAGCAUUCGAGUGUGUUGAUUCUGGUGCUUGAUAUGUUGGUUAAGGCUUAUGUUAGGGUUGGUAUGUUUGAUGAGGCCAUUGAUGCUCUGUUUCAAACAAAAAGACGAGGGUUUGUUCCUCAUAUAAUGUCUUGCAAUUUUUUGAUGAAUCGUUUGAUUGAACAUGGGAAGAUUGAUAUGGCAGUGGCGAUUUAUCGGCAUUUGAAGAGGUUGGGUUUGAACCCAAAUGAUUAUACUUAUGGCAUUUUCAUAAAGGCACUUUGUAGGAAGGGUAAUUUUGAAGAAGCUGUUGAUGUGUUUAGGGAGAUGGAAGAAGCUGGAGUGAACCCUAAUGCUGUCACAUGCAGUACAUAUAUUGAAGGGCUUUGUUCCCAUAAGAGGUCGGAUUUGGGUUAUGAAGCCCUCCGAGCAUUAAGAGCAGCAAAUUGGCCAAUUGAUACCUUUGCUUAUACAGCAGUUAUUCGUGGGUUUUGUAGUGAGAUGAAAUUAAAAGAAGCAGAGGACGUCUUCAUUGAUAUGGUAAAUGAAGGGAUAGCCCCUGAUGGGUAUAUCUAUGGUGCCUUAAUUCAUGCUUAUUGCAAGGCUGGGAAUUUGCUACAAGCUGUGGCUCUGCACAAUGAUAUGGUGUCAAAUGGAAUUAAAACAAAUUGUGUCAUAGUUAGCUCAAUUCUUCAAUGCCUGUGUGAAAUGGGCAUGGCUUCUGAAGUGGUGGAUCAAUUUAAGGAGUUCAGGGACUCAGGGAUUUUCCUUGAUGAGGUUUUGUACAAUAUUGUGGUGGAUGCUCUUUGUAAACUGGGGAAAGUGGAAGAAGCUGUGGAAUUGCUGAAUGAAAUGAAGGGUAGGCGCAUGUCUCUGGAUGUCGUGCAUUAUACAACUUUGAUUGCUGGGUAUUGUCUCCAAGGUAAACUUGUUGAUGCUAAGAAUAUGUUUGAAGAAAUGAAGGAAAGGGGCAUUGAACCUGAUAUUGUUACCUAUAACAUACUAGUUGGUGGGUUUUCUAGAAAUGGUCUCAAAAAAGAGGCACUUGAGCUUCUCGAUUGCAUUGGGACACAAGGCCUGAAACCCAAUUCUGCCACACACAACAGGAUCAUUGAAGGUUUAUGUAUGGCAGGGAAAGUGAAGGAAGCUGAAGCAUUUUUAAAUACCUUGGAGGAUAAGUGUUUGGAAAAUUAUAGUGCCAUGGUUGAUGGGUACUGCAAAGCAAACUUUACAAGAAAGGCAUAUGAACUAUUUUCUAGGCUUUCUAAGCAGGGAAUUUUAGUUAAGAAAAAAUCAUGCUUCAAACUACUAAGUAGCCUCUGUAUGGAAGGGGAGUAUGACAAAGCUCUUAUAUUGUUAGAGAGAAUGUUGGCUUUGGAUGUGGAGCCUAACCAAAUUAUGUAUGGUAAACUCAUAGGUGCCUUUUGUCGGGAUGGAGAUAUGAAAAGGGCUCAAUUGGUGUUUGAUAUGUUGGUUGAGAGAGGAAUAACUCCUGAUGUCAUCACCUACACAAUGAUGAUAAAUGGUUAUUGCAGGGUGAACUGCUUGCGAGAAGCCCGUGAUAUUUUCAAUGAUAUGAAGGAGAGAGGAAUUAAACCUGAUGUUAUCACUUACACAGUUGUGCUUGAUGGUCAUUCGAAGGUAAAUUUGAAAAUGGCUCGUUCCCUUCAAUUUUCAAAGGGGAGCGAAGAAGAAAAAAUGGAUGCUUCACCUUUUUGGAGUGAAAUGAAGGAAAUGGGAAUAAAACCUGAUGUUGUUUGUUACACUGUUUUGAUCGAUAGUCAUUGCAAGACAAACAACCUUCAGGAUGCUAUUAACCUGUAUGAUGAAAUGAUUGCUAGAGGACUACAACCUGAUAUUGUGACAUACACAGCUCUUCUGUCCAGCUGUUGCAGUAGGGGUGAUAUGGAUAGGGCUAUAACCCUUGUUAAUGAGAUGUCAUUUAAAGGGAUAGAACCAGAUAGCCGAGCCAUGUCAGUGCUGCACCGUGGUAUUUUAAAGGCCCGGAAAGUGCAAUUUCGGUAGUAGACACUUUGAUAAUCAGUGGCUAGAAGAACCAAAAUUAUUUAUAUUAGCCCAACCACGUGGUGUAAGUGUUUAUAUACAAGAGUGAAUUCUUGACGUUGGCACAGGCUUGAAGAAAUGGGAGCUUUGUGGCGGGAUGCUUGGAAGCCAUUUAUUUUCAGGUUAACUCCCUUGUGAGCUUUAUACAACAAUCCUCAAGGGCUUUACAGAGUGACAAAGCAAAGAAAAAAGGUGCUUUGAGGAACUUAGAAUGGACAUGAAGAUGGAGAAACACAGGCAUUGGUUGAGAUGUGUGAAGGGUGUUGUUGGGGAUUCAAUCCAGAGAUGGAGAAAAUAGAGUUAUCGAUGAGAAACAGAAUGAUUUUGAGAUUUUUCCAUUCUCAUUCCCUAUUCCAAUGUUCAAAACACGGACGCAGCUCAUUGAUAAGGAAAUCAUACGUCAUUCAAUUAUUUUACUCAAUGUAACCUCUUGUGUUCUAAUGAAGAUCAGACCUCUUCAUCAUCCUGCACCAAAGGCCAUUCUUGGUAUGGAUUGUUGCUCCUGUGACCAACUCCACAGAUUCUGGACCUCCUUUCAGCUCAACAUCAAAUUUCUGCAGCAACAUGGUCAAUGCAAUGGUCGACUCCAUGAGUGCAAAUUGGUCUCCCACACAUUUUCUCGGCCCUCCACCAAAGGGUAAGAAGGCGAAGUCUGCAACAAUCUGGUAUUUGCAUCCACAAACUCGGUUACUGAUUAUAGCAAUGUGAUGAACAUGAGGGUUAAGUGGAAAAAAGAGUGGUUAGUAGUAACCUCAUUGGGGUACAACGCUCCAGGGCUCCGUGAUGGAUCAAAGCCGGACCAUCCUUCAAUGUCGCUGUUCCUUGGUACUAGGAACCUCUCUGGUUCAAAUUCAUGGGGGCGAUCCCAGAAGUAUGGGGACCGAUGGAGGUUAUAUACCUGAAAAGGAUGCGGGUUUAUGGAGAAAAUGUGUACAUGGUGGAAAGCAGAAAAGCAAGAGCACAAACAAAAGUGAUGGAAGUUGUUCUACUCACUGAAAGAAAGAUAUCAGUCCCAGCAGGAAUUGAGUGGCCGUCCUUUUUACCCUUGUAUCCACCUACACAAGCAAACAUUUCUAGGCUUAACCCGAGUAUUAAAACAAGGAAACCCAUCUCAUGCCUACAAUAAGAAAAAGAAAGCAGAACUUGUCCGUUCAUUAUCAUUGUUUUUUUCUUUUGUUCAUUCAUUAUCAUUUUUUUUUUUUUUCCUUUUUUUGAUAAUGAAGAAUCAACACUACGUUUAUCUUAA